AUGUCUCGUCGCAAGGUCGAGCCAUAUAAACGGACAUCUCUCGAGAUAGCCUCGAAUAUUGAACGCCCGGUGUGGAACGAUACGCUCCGUGGUAUCUUGGUGGCUCUUGUGAAGGAUCGGCGUGCUCUUUGGGAUUUCCGUUUGCGAUCCACCCAGGAGAGGUCGAUGCUGUUCUUCCGCGACAUCGCCACGAUUUUGUCAAAUCAAGACAAACGCAUGAAUGGAACGGCUAGGCCAAAAACGGUGACGAAGCGAAAUCGAGGUCGGAGAAGUUCUUUGGCAUUUUUGCAAGGAGUAAAUAAGGAAGGGAUUUCCGACGUAUCAAACACGAAGGAUGUGAUAAGGGACGAGUUAGACUCAGGAGAAAAAGCCCUUACUUUGGAUGCCGCUUGUAAAGAUAUCACAAUUAAACAAGAAGUUGCUGAAGGUGAGGCUUUGACUGGAGAAGGAAUGGAGAUUCUCGAAACCAACAUCGUAGAACCCCUUCUUGAAAAUAGUGUUAAAUUAACAGCUGAUGAGCUAUCAAGGGAAAGCUCACAAUUUGCAGCAUCUGACGUUGUCUGGUCAACAGAGAUGAUCUGUGUGCUUAUUGAAUGCGUAAAGGACGUGCCGGCAUUGUGGCAUCAUAAUCAUCCCGAUUAUAGAAAUUCAGCCAAGCGCAAAGAGCAUCUGGUUGAAAUCGCUGCCAAACUUCGUGCACUGCCUGGCGGAGCUAUCAUCAAUGAGGGUCAUGUUUCCGGAAAGUGGUCCAUUCUUCGCGAGUGUUUCAACAAACAAAUGAAGAAAUCAAAGCAAGGGGCAGUCAGUAAUUGGGAGCACUACAAUCGUCUUCUUUUUCUGUCUCCAGAAGUGAUGUCAGCGUGGAAAUUUGACGAUUUAAGUGGAGAAAACCAGCAGACACCGGUCUCAACGAGUGCAACAGAUGUUUCUGUGGAUGUGCAGAACCAAUUUAGCAAAUUUCUGGGACUCGUGUCUGAAUCGGUAAAACUGAAGGAUGUGGAUAACAAUCCAAUUAAAAAGUCUAGAAUUCCUUUGGAACCUUCUGAAUCAGUGAAACCAAAGGAUGCGGAAAACAACACAAUAAGGAAACCAAAAAUGUCUUUGGAACCUAAUACUGUCAAGGUUGUAUCUACCUGGGUUCCUCCCCGUGAGGAUUCUCUCGAUACCGUGCUUCAUUCUCUUUCUGCUACUCCUCCCAGUGCAACAGCUCAAGUUACGGCAAAAAGCGAACUUGUACAUAUCUUGCAACGUCCAUCUCCUCAUCUAAAUCUAAAUGGUUCAAAGACGGCAUACAGGGAUUUCAUUCCCGAUCACACUGUUCGCUCUCAUGAAGACAAAUGGACCCUGAUGGGUCGAAUGAUUGAGGAGACUGCUCGUGAAUUGGAAGCAAAGCGAUCAGAAUUGGCUUUUCGACUACAGAAAGACAUAAACGACGUGAUAUUCAAGUAUCAGCUCGAAAGUCUCAGGCACCAAUAG